GUUCCAUACAUUUACCGUCAUUUCUAUUUUUAUCUGAUUAAUUUACAGCAUCACGUAAGGACGUAGUGAUGGCGGAGUGCGGGAUUUCUCAGAGAUUUGCAGAAACUGGGGUUAAAUGCGAUAAGAAGCUGCGGAUAGUCCACAUCUCUGACACGCAUAUGGAACAUGACAGCAUUGUUCACACUAUUCCGGAUGGAGAUGUUGUCGUUCAUUCGGGCGACUUCAGCAAUCGUCGAUUCCGGAACUAUUUUUUCGAUGAUCAUAGCGACUCCGAAAUGCUACAAAAAGUCAACAGAUUUUUCAUGCAGUUGCCUCACAGAUUUAAAAUACUUGUGGCGGGAAAUCAUGAUACUUUUUUGACAAAAUUCACUGUGGAAGAAAUUCAACAAAGUUUACCGGAAGUGAUAUAUUUACAAGACUCCUCUGUAGUUUGUGAUGGUGUGAAGUUUUAUGGAACUCCGUGGACAAUUAAAUCAAACAAAUUAAAAACUUCCAAAGCCUUUACGGCAUCUCCAACUGUUUUACAAGACCGAUGGAGAGAUGUCGAGAAAGACACAGACGUGUUAAUCACACACACGCCUCCUUAUGGAAUGCUGGACUACUCACGUGCACGAGGAGACAGUCCCCCCAAGGAAGUCUGUCAGUUAUGUGAUACAUCUCACCCCAGAGCCGGCCAUGCUGGAUGUCGCAGCCUCAGGGAAGCUCUUCUGCAAAACAUCAGGCCUAAGAUUCAUCUAUAUGGUCAUUUACAUGGCUCGGCGGGACUAACGAAGCAUAAUGGUAUCACAUUUUCCAAUGCUGCCUUCGCUGCUAAACGAAUGUUUAAUGUCAUCGACCUGUACCUUGAUGUUUAACCCCUGCUGUAUAAUGUCAUUUAUCGAAAAAAAAAGUAAUGUUUAAUGUCAAUGACCACUGUCGUCAUGUUUAAUGUCAUUGACCACUGUCGUCAUGUUAAUGUCAAUGGCCACUGUCGUCAUGUUUAAUGUCAAUGAGCACUGUCAUCAUGUUUAAUGUCAAUGACCACUGUCGUCAUGUUUAAUGUCAAUGACCACUGUCGCCAUGUUUAAUGUUAAUGGCCACUGACGUCAUGUUAAUGUCAAUGACCACUGUCGUCAUGUUUACUGUCAUUGACCACUGUCGUCAUGUUUAAUGUCAAUGACCACUGUCGUCAUGUUUACUGUCAUUGACCACUGUCGUCAUGUUUAAUGUUAAUGACCACUGUCGCCAUGUUUAAUGUUAAUGACCACUGUCGUCAUGUUUAAUGUCAUUGACCACUGUCGUCAUGUUUAAUGUCAUUGACCACUGUCGUCAUGUUUAAUGUCAUUGACCACUGUCGUCAUGUUUAAUGUCAUUGACCACUGUCGUCAUGUUUAAUGUUAAUGGCCACUGACGUCAUGUUAAUGUCAAUGACCAUUGUCGUCAUGUUUAAUGUUUAUUACUAGUACUGUGAUAUUUAAUGUUUAAUAGUUUAAUUCUUAUUGUAUUCUAGUCUCUGAUUGGUAAAAUUCAAAUUGAGGAACGCAAGUUAUUUUUGUAUAACCUGGUUUGGUAUGGGAACAGCGUUCCUUGACCACCAGCUGCCGGAACUACUUUUUUGUCUCUAAAAUUACAUCACAGCAUGUUUUUGGUCUUCUAUGGAAUAGAAAGUCAACGUAUGCAAUAAGAUACCUCGGUGGUUUAAGGGGGUACUCUACAUCGUCACAAUGGCUGACUUCCUUUUAAAACAUGAAUGAAAAUAUAAAUAUCAGCAACAUUUGUCUAUGCAUUUCAAAUAUCAUUGCCUAGCACGUCGACUGCUGAACUGUAAAACGCGGGUUCGAGUCCGACAGGGGUUUUAAAAAAAUUUGAUUGCUUUCUACGAAAACUGCAAUUUUUUUUUAUUAAAUAGUGUAAAUUUGAAAGUUUUCAAUUUCAAAACAUUGUUGUAUAUUUCCUCCACUUUGCAUCCUUAUCAAAUUUCUAUGGUGCAGCAUUCCUCCUUAAUACACAGAAUGUUUUCCCAUUGUCAAGCAUGACGUAGAGAAUCUACUUGUACGCAAAUCAUCGUCUCCACUGUGUGAGAAUCGAAUAAAAGAUGAAAACAAAGAUAUCUGAUCGAAUUAUUAAUUUACCGAGUAAGCAUUGCCCUGUUCAUUUUGAAAUAAAUUUCUCACUGGGGAAAGCGGGGAUUGCUUCAGUGCUUGAUCCGCCUUACAACCAAUUGUAACUACUGGGCUAUUUCCGGUUACGGAAAAGGACGAACGUGAUCCGAUUGAAUGAUAAUAUUCAGGGGCGGAUCCAGGAAUUGUGGUUACGGGGGCGCCACUUUAUGAGGCAGGGCGAAGAGGGCGAAGCCCCCGGAAGCUCCUGGAUUUUAUAGAUUUCAUAUGGCUUGAAAUAUGUCUCCUAUUUAAGUCAUUUGUAUAUACUACUUUCUAUCAUUUUUAAUAUGAUGAAAUUAGUAAACUGACGCUAAUUUUAAGGGUUUUUGGAAAAAAUUAAGUUCUCCCAAUAAAGUAAUUCAAGAAAUCAAAAGAUUUUGUCAUUUAUUUCACCAGGAGUGGAAGAAAGUAUUGCUUCUUUUGUCGUUUAGUACAUUUUUCUAAACACGAUACCACGAUUUACCUUAAAUUUGAAAAUUUAUGGGGGGGGGGUGUGCCUGCUGCACAUAACUUUUUAUCAGAUGACGUCACCUCACAUUGACAUGUAGAUCAAGUUCUGUUACUUGCUUAUACAUAUUUUCUUGUGUCGGGUUCACCAUUAGCGACAACGUGCAUGCAAGGGUAAAUUUUCAUGUAUUAGAAAUGUUCAUGGAAUGAUAUAAAAGUCGCAAAUUAUUGCAUUUUCUGAUAUUUGUUUUUGAAUAUUUAUAUAAAUACCACAGAUGCAGACAUUUGACUUCAUUGAGGCAUUGCAUUGUUUAAAGAAGUUAAUAUGACUUUAUACAGUAUAGGGGUUAUUAAUUAGAAUAACACCACUUAGUCAUACAGUAUAGCGUUAUUAGAAUUUUAAAUGUGAUUUUAUGUUUAAGUAGUGAUACAGUGUUUUCAAAAUAUCUGUGAUAUUGAAUACAGUGUUAUGAAAUGUUAUGUAAUUCCAUAUAAUUUAUGUAUGAAUACAGUGUUUUAUAUG